UGUCAAAAACUGCCAGAUAUUACCCGUGCACACUUAUAUUUUGAACCCAAGAAUGGAGCAAAAAGGUAAGGAUGGUAGCCAAAUCCGACACACUUCUCGCACCGCGCGAACGUCACGGCGGGUGCGGCAGACCUUACAGAGCAGGGAGACCAUCGAAGAGGAACCAGUGGAACAACCACCAGAAAGGAAGAUCAUUCAGCAGCGCGUGUUCCUCUACAUCCAGUUGAACGAGCUCUUGAAGCUGCCGGACACUGGCUAUCCGCUGGAGCUGCACCUGUACCAUGCGAAGAGUACGCUGCAGAAGAUGCAGGAGCGGUACACCACCAAGACGAUAAUCUAUCAGAAGGAGUUCAAUCUUAAGAAGCCGGUUUUUACCUUGGGGGUGAUGCAAGAUGACAUCGAGGACAUGAACACGUUCAGUGACAAUCCGCUGCUGGUUUCGCUCUACCAGCGUAUUCCCAGGCACCGUAAAGGUGACUCCAACAGGACCAAGAUGAGCCAACUGGGAACUUCCUCCUCGUUCACAGAUGCCUCACAGAGCAGUGCUACAAAGAAGUCCAAGAGAUCGCGCAGGUCAGGUAAAAAGAGUUCCGAUAUUUUGCUAUUAUGGGAGGAGGAGGGCGAGGGCGAGGAAGGCGAAUAUGUGGAGGAGCGUCUGGAACUACUAUCCAGGGGCCACUGCGAUCUGCUGCAGCUUUUCCAGCGGCGGCGCUUCAUUAGCGACAUCAAUAUCCUACUGUAUCCAAUGCACCAUGUACCGGAGCAGAAGACAUUUAGAGAAUUGAUCACCUCCACCACCGUUUGGCAUAUGUACUCCAUCCUGCCCAUCCUCAAGAAUUUUGACUUCACCAACCUGGCCUUUGUGACCCUGGAGUCGAUCUACAAUGUGCCUGAGGAGUUGCACAUGCAGUCCACUGACCUGGGCCUGAGCGUGUCCUUUCGAUCGACGCAGCUGGAGGGAGAGGAGGACGUCCUCAGGAUUAUUCCUCUGUGCACUUUUAAGGGAUUCGGUUCGCAGGUCAUUAGCGACCAGAACACGAGCAUCGUUUGGGAGAACCUCAAGCGGGAUCUGAACCCCCACGUGCACUUUGGCUUCAACCAAAUGGAGACCAACUCGCGGAUCAAGCUGCCUCGCCUCUUUCGGAUGCUGCUGUGGGAGCAGGAUGUCGACUUCUUCAUCAAUCAGAUCGAUCCUUUGACGACGAUGGCGCUCAUCAACAACUCCCUGCACCGCUUUGUCAUUAACGAGGAGAUGCGAAAGAUCCUAGAAGAAUCUGUGCUUAAUAACUCCUAUGAGCUGCUGCUGCAACUGUACAAGGACACACCCCACAAUGUCCUGUACGAGGGCGUGAUCAAUCCAAGUAUCUUUGGCUAUCCAGGCGUCAAUCAUUGCCGAUUUGCAACCCGCUUGAGCCCAGUUAACGUACCCGAAGUCGAUCUUCGUCCAACACUGGAAGCCACUCCAAUGGGCCCGAUGUUUUGCACCCUCAAGAUCUGUUUCUUUCAGCCGAUUUGCCAACGCAACGAUCCCCUAGAUAAGUACAACGAGAAUCUACUGAAAAGGAGCAAGCUGCGGGGUUGCUUUGAUAUCCAGCUCCUUAAGGAGGACGAGAACGAUACAGAUGUGCUCACGGAGCUAUACCAGGAGUUUGACAAGCUCAUCUCCGACACGAUUGGGAUUAUCGUGAAGAAGGAUGUACGCAGCAUCGAGGAGAAGCAGGACUUUUUCUGCUGUCUGCUGAGCACCCUAAGCAACCUGAUGCUGAAAAUAUGUGGCUGUGACUUCAACAUUCGAAUGCCAACGGAAACGAACAUUGAGUUUAGGGAAAUGCUGACACACAUGUACAAGGAGUUGAUAGACCGUGUUUAUGGUAUCUUCACUGCCUGCUGCUAUGAAGGUUUUCCCAGCGGUCUGCCCGCCAAGGAUAAAGAUCUAAUCCGGCUAAUGGACGAAAUGCGCCUGUUGAGCAACACUGGCCAGCGGGAUCUGGCCAUUCAUAUGUACGAAGAGAUUGACAGAAGCGCCACCAACCGAGUCAUCUUCGGCUUUGCAACUCUGAUCAAUAGUGUAGAAAACCUACAGUUCCAGCAGGCGGCGACCUUUUUUACCAAGCCGAGGCGCACCGAGUGGAGAGGAGAAUACUUUACCUUGCUGGUACAGCUAUAUGUGGACUACAUGAUGGAUAUGGGUUCUGAAGACGAGGAGAUCUCGACUGCGGCGUUUUCGAAUAUGCUUGAUAAGCUGCGCCAGCUUGCCACAAAGAAAAAGCUGGAAGUGGGUCCGUGGAUUCUGCUAUACUGCUAUUAUAAGCUGGCACAUUACCGCCCAGGAAUGGACUUCACACGCUGGAAAUUCGAGAAUCUAUAUGAGGUUUCUGGAGAGCAGCUCGACUUCCUUCCCCUCUCCCUCUACGAACUGUACCUGCCAGUGGACUUUGAGAUGAGCACUACCAGCACCUUGGCAAACACCAAGUUCUACCCCGUUUUCAAGCUCUUUGCUCGCUUGGGUGCAUACGUCUUUGCGGGGAUUGUGUUCACCGAUUUUGAGCAGUGCUUCACAACAGUCGAGGUUUAUCUCAUAAAGACCACUUUAAAGAUACUGCAGCGACAGAUUGAUGACAACUUCAAGAUACAGGAAAUUCCCACGGAUAAAAGCGAGAACGGAAUGUUGAUGCGGAACUAUCAACUGCACAUCAAUGGCAAUGCUGAGUACACCCGAGGACGCUGCGACGAAGCCCUAAAGUACUUUGAGAAGCUGCUGAAUGGAACCAAACCGGAGGACAGGCCUUUUUUCAAGCUGAGUUUCCUGCGCCUCGGACAAUUGGCCUUCGAAAAGGGACUAUACGAGUUGGCCAUUAGUGCCUUUGACACAUGUCUGCCAGCCUCCAAGAAAGAAAAAAUGUUUCUGCCAAACUAUUUCAAGGGACUGGCUCUAUAUCAUCUGGAUCGCCUGGAAGAAGCCAUUCCCUUCUUGUCUCGCUGCACUGAGGUUGACGUUUUCAUUCCGGAUGUCUGGGGCUAUUUGGCCACGAUCAACCUGCGAUUGAAUCGUAAUAAGACAGCCUUGGAGUGCUGGAAGAUUGCAAAAAUGUACCCCGAACUAAACAUCAGCCGCCAAAUCUAUGCAGAGCUGGACAAGAUCAAGUUCUCGGAUGUUCAUCUGCUGGUCGAUGAUGAUGGAAAUCCCGCUGAAAAGAUGGAUAAACCCAAUAUAUUUGGUUUGUAAAGCCACCCGAAUAUCUUGGGGGAAAGUGUUAUUUGUGCCCCGCCAGGUAGAGCGUCCUAAGUAAACAAAUCUGGAGUCACGCGUUUCAUCAAGUUUUAGCCGCAUUUAUAACUAAAAUUUAGAGCCCAUUUUUAGCCAGAAUUAAGUGUGGGCAUACGCACAGCCUUGUGCGAUAUGUUAACAAGGCAUUUGGGUCCUCAAUGGCCUUCGCCUGCCUCGUCAAGCUGGCGCUUGUCAGAAUUUUAGCCGCAGAGCGGCGGCGGCGAUGGCGGUGGCACAAACGUGAAUAUGCCAACACAAUGCAUUUUUGGCCAAGGGCAAACCACCACACCAAAUGCAAAAACAAAACCGACAGCAGCAACAGCAACAACGACAAAACAGAAACAAGUGAGAUACGUAGUUAAACCCUUUUGGCCAACACUCAACCCAUGACAGGUGUUUGCUCUGCAAAGCCUUUCAGAAGCAUAGGGAAUUUCGGGAAUGGUUUGUAAAUGAAAUUUUAGCUUAAAUAUUAUAGAGCUUCUUGGAUUUGUAAGAUUUCUUCAAAUAGUGUUGGAUUACUUUCUGGAUUUUGAAGAGUAACUGUACGUUAAUUUAAG